AUGGCUCGCCACGGCUUCCUCGGUCUCGUCUCCCUGCUCUUCCUCGCCCUCCUCGCGCCCCUCGCGGCGGCCCAGCUCCAAAUCUACACGGGCUCCGACAAGUACCUGUACCAGGGCUGUUUCAACGAGACCAACGACAUCGCCAACUCGACCCGCGAGCGCGCCUUGUCCGGGGGCGCCUCCCGCGUCCUCCAGGGCAACAUGACGGUGCCGCUGUGCCUCAGCUUCUGCAGCAGCGGCGCCGACAAGCAGUACACCUACGCCGGCGUCGAGUAUUCUCGCGAGUGCUGGUGCGCCCAGAGAAUCUCGGGCCUCUCGGUCAAGCUUGACGACAGCGAGUGCAACCUGCCCUGCGACGGCAACCAGGGCAUGGUCUGCGGCGGCGCCCUGAAGCUGAGCGUGUACAAGCUGACCGCCGACGCCCGACUGGCGGCCACGGCGACGUCCUGGGGCGCGGUGCUCGCGGCGGCGUUGGUGACGUAUGUGGUGCUCUGA